GUCAUCGACUUCACCAGGCUGUACGCCAACGAGCCCUUCAUCAUGGUCGUCCACAAGCCCAGGUCCCAGCCACAGUACUUGGCUCUCAUGAGGCCCUUCACAGUGGAGCUGUGGGUGGCGGUGCUGGUGGCGACGUUCGUGGUGGGCGGGAUGCUGUGGCUGCUGCAGAAGGUGUGGGCGAGGUCCUUCGGUCAGCGAGGCUUGAACCUGAGCACCUCCCUCCUCUACAUGUGGUCCAUAAUGCUGGAGGAGCCCUUCGUCCACCCGCCCCCAAACAUCACCGGGCAGAUGGUGGUGGGUAUAUGGUGGGUGUUCUGCCUGGUUAUCACUACCAUGUACCGGUCCUCCCUCGUCGCCUACCUCUCCGUCCCCAUCAACUCCGCCCCGCUAGACACAAUCGACCAGCUCCUGGCCCACCCCGACGCCACCUGGGGGAUGGAGCCCGGCUUUGGGCUAGGCUGGGACUGGUUCAAGUUCAACACCAACCCCAAGGUGCAGAUGGUGUUUCGUAAGCUAAAGAUCCUGGACGUCGAGGAGCAGAUGAAGGAAGUAAUGGAGGGAAAUCACGCUUUCUUCACGUGGAAAUACUACACCAAAACCAUCAUUGCCGCUAACUUCACCGACCGCUACGGCAACACGCCCCUCCACAUCAGCAGGGAGGAGUUCGUCCAGGGCUCCACGGCCUGGGGAGUCAGGAAGGGGCUGCCGUUCCUGGAACCCAUGGAUAGAAUCCUCGACCAUUUGGUGGAGAGUGGGCUGGCGAACUAUUGGUUUCAAGAGCUCUUUAGGUACGCCACAGAGAAGGCCAGGGAGGAGAGGAUGAAGGUGCAGAGGGCCGGCACUUCUGCUGGCGACUGGGGUACUGUUGACGGCGAAGUCGUAUUUUCUUCCGAUUCAAAGUGGGCAGGGUUGGUUGGUGACAACGCAGUGGUCCUCAACCUUAACCAUCUGCAGAGCGCCUUCUACAUCCUCCUGUUGGGGUACAUUGUCGCCUCCCUCGUCUUCUUGACGGAGAUCUUCAACCCAUCCAGCAUCAUCACGCCCACGCCUUCACCCCCACCCACACCCCCCAAAGAUGUGAAGACUGACUGUAGCACUGUACUGUUAACUGUCUACAUGUAACCAGGCAA